UAGUAUCGGAUCCCAUCGCCGGCGACGUCAAUCGGAGGGUUCUGGAGCCGACGAUGAUGACUACGAGUAUGAAGAUGAGGGAGAGGAUGCUAUUGAGCCAAGCACGGAAGUUCCCGCGGUGACUACGCAUGCGCAUCGUCAUCAUCAUGGAGUGUCGGAGGGGGAUUCUGCCUCUGCGUCUGCCACGCCCUCGGUGGCCAGUGUGGAGGAGGAGAUCGAGGAGAGCGUCUCCAAGCUGGAGUCCGUGAUAAGCAAGACUAUUGAGAAUACGAAGAACAUCAAGGAGCUGGUCCCAGUGCUCGGGCCAUCGUCCGUCGAUGAGGGUGGUGCUGGUGCUGACGAUGAUGAUGAUGUAGAGGAUGUGGAACUCCAGCAAUUGGGCGCCGCUGCAGGGAAAUUCCAGGAAAAUGAUGUGGACACCACCACAGCGGCUGCCGCAACAGCCACAACUGGGAUGCCUGGCUCUGCCACGGACAUGGUAAAGUCCAGUUACUUGGAGGAGGAAGCAGGGAAUCAGGUGGAUGCCGUUGCCGUGGAUACUGUUACCACAUUCAGCACCGCUGAUAACACCACACCCCCACCCAUAUCGCCCCCCACCCCACCACAGCACAGCAGCAGCAAUAGCAAGCAGAAGCCAUUCUCACCCUAUGAUGCCACCUCCUCAGUGUCAGUGUCCUCCUCCUCUGUUGUGCCAUCAAUCGAAGCUGUUGAAACGUCUUCGUUGCCAUCCAUGUCCACCUCUCCAUCGUCCACAGGGACCUGCUCACCCUCAUCCUCACCCUCAAACUCAUCCCCAUCCUCUCACAUUGUUGCCAUCACAGACAUUGUAUUAGACAACAACAACCAUAAAAACAACAACAAUACUCUAACAACUUCAUCAUCAUCUGCAUCAUCAUCAUCUGCAACAACAACAACUACAACAAUCACACCAACAGCAACAAUGUCAACUACAACAACAGCAACAACACUGUCUGAAAUGUCGCCAAAGGUGGACCAAGAAUUAACUAAGAAACUCGCUGUGAAGCAGUGUAACAUGUGGGACACCAUUGAAGCUGAGUCUGAGGGCACCGCACACGCUUCAGAUAUUCUUGCACCAAAGAAGCGAUCAGUCUCCUGGAUAACAACCACUGCGGGUUGUCUAAAAAAAUUUAAGAAAUCUGAUGUUGGCAUUGGUGUGGAGCCCAAAACAGAAGUCGCAAAUAAAAUAUGGUCGGAAUUGCGUUACUUGCAGGAUGAAACCAGUGAUAUUGCCGAUUCCACAGAGGAUUCCAGUGAAUCCGAGCUGGACCUGGAGGCAUCUCAUGAUACGUCCUCUGAAGCGGGACCUCUUGGGAGUAACAGUAACUCUGAUAAUGACCAAAAGACUGAUUUUUUUCUAUACACACAAUCUAAGACUGCCUGGCGGGUGCCAUUGGUACUUGAAAGAACAAUCAAAAAAUUUGUUUACUUUCCUAAAAAUAAGAACGCUCAAUCAACAAACCGUUUAUUUGUGACGGGAUGCAUUCAAAAGAUCGUCAUUUUCUACAACGAUGAGAAAUCCGCAACCAUAGAAGAGCUCACCGAUGGGCAUGACUGUGGAAUUAAAACUCAGGAAUCGACUAUCCAAUCCAUCAACGAUAAAGAAGCUGGAAUUGAGCCGGAUAAAGAAUAUAAAAUACCAAUUGAUGAUAAAGAUGCCUUGGAUUUGGCCUCUCCAUUCGCUAUUAACGAAGCUCCACUGGAAGAUCAACAAGAUGCGGAGACAACAGCACUAUCGUCAUCGGAAGCCGAACCACAGCUAUUCAACGAGGAUCUUGGUUCCUGCACCCUGAAGGAUGAAAAGAUUUGCGACAUAAAAGUUCUACCAGAAGCACAGCAGGACUCAGAUGCAGAGUCUCUAAUCACUAUUGAAGAAUUUAAAGAAGAUCUGUCCCCAACUGAAACCGAACCACAUGCAUCGCCCGAAACAGUAGCAGUGACUGAGGAUGAUGAAAGUGCCAUGGAAGUAGACGAGGCUAACCGAUCAAUGCAGCACUGCCAGGAUUUCAAUGUAGAUCUACCUUACUGCCCCCCAGCGUUGAGCGUCUUUGAGAAUAGCCUGACGUGCAACGAUGUGCUGGCCGUGAUCAAAGAGGACAUAGAGCUCUAUGGCACUGCCGUGUUGACCCUGUUGGCUGGUCAGAUCACAGUGAACGGCUUCAGAGCCAAAAAACGUCAAAACUUGACCAUCUACUCCACCAAGGGCAUCAAUUGGGUGAGCAUUUCUCCGAAAAAGCGUGCGAAACCAAUGCAAGAGAAGGUUGAAUGGGACAAAUUGUCUGAGAACUUUACGUGCGCACAAUUGCACAACCUUCAGGGGUGCUUCAAUAGUCAGGAGGAUGCCCUUGUGCUCUUGCAGAGGAACACCAAGGACCAGAACAUGCUCGAAACUUUAAAGCAGUACAUGAGCCAGAUUUUGUUCCCCCAGGUGAAUGGGGCUAAUGUGCCGCACUCGCAAAGCGAGAUGCUGCUCAACUGCUGCAUCCAGAGCUCGGACAGAAAACGCACCCUUCAAGUACCUUAUGAGUGGACAAAGCUGAAGAUUCAGAAGACGAGCCGCCUGAUGGUAACCGGUGGGAAGGGUGUCGGCAAGUCCACCCUGCUGCGAUAUCUGAUCAAUCGGCAUUUGAACGCUUUUCCACGCCUACUGUUCAUUGAUUUGGACAUUGGCCAGCCGGAGAUCUUUUUGCAGCAAACUGUCUCCUGCACUGUCAUUGAAGAGCCGCUUCUGGGGCCAGGAUUCCUACUGAACAAGCAGCCGGAUCGGGCUCACGUCGUGGGCGACACAAACAUCGUCAUGUGCCACGAGCAGUAUUUCGAGGCGGUGGUCCAGCUGAUGAGCCACAUCCAAAAUAAUCCCGAGUAUGCCAACAUGCCUUUUCUGAUCAACACGAUGGGCUACAACAGGGGAUUUGGCCUCGAGCUGAUGGCUCUGCUGGUGGACUACAUCAAGCCGACUGAUGUGGUGCAGAUCUCGAGUACUUUACCCAUGAACAACUUUAAGUCGCUACUCGACUGGUCGACCCUUUCAAAGGUCAAAGGUCCCUAUGUCUACAAAAAUACGGCGUUCAUGGUUGAGGGUAAAAACCAUAAGUACACGCUCCACGAGCUGCCCAGUGCUGUCCCACCUAGACAGCAGAGAGUCUGGCGAAUGAGUCCCAGGGAUAUGAGAUUCGCCAAUCUGUUGGUCCGCCUCAGCUCCUGCCUGAGGGGCAGUGCCAAGCACCUGACUGACUGCGAGCCCCUCAGCUCAUCUUUUGUGAAUAUUCAAGUCGUCCAUUCCACAGAGGAAGACCUUGAUAAGAGUAGCAUUAUCGCUGGAAUGGAAGCCAAUGUGGUUUACUUGGCCCAUCUGGAAGCUCACGAUCUGCCCGUGUGCCUGGGCAUAGGUGUCGUCCGUGCCAUUGACUUUGAGAAAGAGAAGCUGUAUCUCGUGCCGGCCAUUCCUCUGGAGCGAAUGUGCCAAGUGAAUUGCCUUAUAUCCUGUGGAGACAUCAGCCUUCCGCAAAAGUUCUUCACGGAGCCUGGGCCGCAGGUCGGCAGCAACAUGCCGUUCGUCUUUCAGCAGGACGACGCCGGCUGGCUGACAAAGAGCAUCAAUCAGUUCUAUUCGCGCACGUCUUCCAUGAAAAAAGAUUAAUGCUAAACCAGCUACCUGUACUUUUAUGAAAAGUAAAAAUCCAAAUAAAGCUUUAUUGAUAUAGGGGCUAAUGCGA